CAAGGCAGGGCAGUGCGCAUGUUCCUCAGUUUACGACGUCUGGUGACGCCUUGCUCUUUUUCCGCCUCUAUGUUUUUGGCCAAUGACAGGCCAAGGCAGCAGCACGUGAUCCUAUAGGCAGGCAGGAACCGUUUUCAAGUACAAGGCGGAGGAGUGAGGACCUCAGUUUAAAGCUGGCUGUCCUAGUGACUGUUUGGAGUAAGUGUAAAUACUACUAUCACUGGAAUUUUGCUGCAAGAUGAUACUCCAGACAGGCCUUGUAAGAGAUCAACUGAAGGCCGAAGUUGACGCAGCGCGGGACGGCGAGCUGUGUGUUAUGGUGUGUGUUUCGGUGUGCUUGUGGUGGUUGGCAGCGAAAUAAUCAAGAAAAUAUGUCUGGCGCCAGGAAACAGCCCACCAUAUCCAUGUUCUUUGCUAAAUCGAACAAUGGAGGACCAAAUAAGUAUACAACAGAUGAAGGGGCAAGAGUCAAGAACCAUGCACAGGUGGCUGAGGUGGGCGUCUCCUCGGCCAUCAAGCGUGCUGGCAGCAGCAGCAAGAGAGGCAAAGGUGGCAGAGCCUCAGCAAAGAGAGCAAAAAUUGAAGAAGACAUGGAAAGUUCACCUCCAUCCCAGAAUGGCAGUCCCAAAAAAAGAGAUCUCACGCCAUGGACAAAAGAAAGACUCAGUGCAUUUUCCUGUGAUUCAGCUAUUGAUGAGAAUGGGGGAACUGCAAUGGCUGUAGAUGAAGUGGAGCCAUCACCAGAAACAGUCCCAAAAAAUGAAAAGAAUGGCAUUAAUGAUAGAUUAAAUGCUUUCAAAAACACAAACAGCAGCAGCAGCAACAGUAGUAAUAAUCAACAGUCACCAUUGCCAUCAGCUUCUUGCUCAUCUGCCCUCAAGCCUGCAAUUCUUAAGCCUCUGCCAGGAAUGAAGUUGACCCCUCUGGAGCAGCAGGUGGCAGAUAUUAAGAACAAGCAGCCUGAAGUGCUCUUGUUUGUUGAGUGCGGCUACAAGUACAGGUUUUUUGGUAAUGAUGCUGAGAUUGCUGCUAGAGAACUGAACAUUGUGGCUCAUCUGGACCACAGCUUCAUGACCGCCAGCAUCCCCACACAUCGCCUCUAUGUGCAUGUUCGUCGCUUGGUGGCUAAAGGCUACAAGGUUGGAGUGGUGAAGCAGACUGAGACUGCUGCCCUCAAAGCUGCUGGAGCUAACAAGACAGCUCCCUUUGGACGCAAACUGACAGCACUCUAUACUCGCUCCACCCUGAUAGGGGAAGAUGUAACUCCUGGGUCAGGAGGAGCAGGAUUAGAAGAUGGAGAUGUGUCUGAGGGGACCACAGCUAUGUUGCUGGUGCUGAAUGAGGACAAGGGUCCCUCAGGGAAAGAUGGGGCAGUCAUCAUAUCCAUGGUGGCCAUCCAGCCCAGCACAGGUGAUAUCAUAUACGACACCUUUGAGGACUCGAAGACCAGGACAGAGCUGUGUUGUCGUCUGGACCACUUGCAACCUGUAGAAGCUGUUGUCUCACCAAACACAUCAGAACUCACCACCAAAACUAUCACCACAUCAGCCACUAAGAAUGAUGACUGUAUCCGAAUUGAACGGCUGGAUGAGAGGAAGUUUGACGGCAAAGAAUCUUUGAAGCUUAUUGUCAGUCUGUUUAAUGGGGAAGAGGAGAAAGUGAACCGCAUCUCCACUCUGCCUUCCUCAGUGAUUGGCUGCCUGGGUGCCACCUUGCAGUAUCUCGCUGAGUUCAAGCUGGAUGGUAUUGUCAAGAUGGCUGGUUCCAUCCAGAAGUACAGCUCAAGCCGCCACCACAUGAGGCUGUCCGGCGCCACACUGCGCAACCUGGAGGUGCUGACCAAUGCUUCAGAGGGCGGCACCAAGGGCAGCCUCUUCUGGGCCCUUGACAACACCCAGACCAAGUUUGGGUCCAGGUUAUUGCGUCGGUGGAUCACACAGCCACUGCUGGAAGAGGAGGAGAUUCGGGAUCGGCAGGACAUGUUGGAAGAGAUGAUGACCUCAAGUGCCCCAGUGCUGGUGAAGCUGAAGGAGGCUUUGUACAAACUGCCAGACUUUGAGAGAGCCAUUACCACCAUUUUUCAUAAGAAAUGCAGUCCUCAUGAGUUCUGGCUGGCUGUGCAAGGUCUCAGCCACCUCCACUCUGAGCUCUCAAGGGCUGGAGGGAACCUUGAGGACAGCAUCACCUCUCCAAGCCUUGUGGAACUUCUCAGGGAUGUCUUGGAGGGUCUGGCCAAUGUGGAAGCCUAUGCUGCCAAUAUAAAUGAAGCCAGUGCCAGAGAGGGCAAGAAAACCACACUUCUCAGGGAUUUCUCAGAGUAUCCAGAUGUUAUCAAAAGGCAACAAGAAAUUACAGAGGUGGAAAAGAAGUUGAAUGAUCUCAUUCCAGAUAUUGCAAGGACUCUUAGUGUGCCUGCAUUCAAGUACACAACAGUGUCUGGCCUUGAGUACCUGAUAGAAGUCACCAAUGCCCGGAUUAAGGCUGUCCCCAAGACCUGGUCCAAGAUCAGCUCAACAAAAGCCGUCAGCAGGUUUAGGUCUCCUGAAAUAGAGAAACAUUUCCAGAAGUUACAGCAGCUGAGAGAGCAGCUGCAGAUGGACUGUCAUGAGGCAUGGCUCAAGGUACUGGAGUCAUUCUCUGGGCACUACCACCGCCACCGCCAGGCUGUGAGGUCCCUUGCAGUCCUGGAUGCUGUGGCUGCCUUGGCUGGAGUGGCAAAGUCUCAGGGAUACUGCCGGCCAAAAUUGUCUGCCAAGGGGAAUGGUGGAGCAAAAUUGAAAAUUGUGCAAGGUCGACAUCCUGUGGUCAGCCAGAUCAAGAUGGGAGACCAGCAGUAUGUUGCCAAUGACACCAACAUGGAGGUUGAUGGGGAGCGGGUAAUGCUGGUGACGGGGCCAAACAUGGGUGGCAAGUCGUGCUACAUGCGACAAGUUGCCCUCAUUGCUCUCAUGGCACAGAUGGGAAGCUUUGUUCCUGCAGAGUCUGUUGAGAUGACAAUUCUAGAUGGCAUUUACACAAGGAUGGGCGCUGCAGAUGAAAUAUUUUCUGGACGCAGUACCUUCAUGGUGGAGGUUGGGGAGACAGCUGACAUUAUGCGUGAAGCCACCAAGGACUCACUGGUGAUCCUGGAUGAGCUGGGCCGAGGCACCUCCACACAUGAUGGCGUGGCAGUAGCCAUGGCUGUGUUGGACCACUUCCUCAAUCGUGUUGGCUGCCUCACCAUCUUUGUCACCCACUACCUCCCUCUUACAGACUUUGGCCGCAUUUACCCAAACCAAGUGGGCAACUACCACAUGGCAUUUAUCGUGAAUGACGAGGAAGAGAGUGAUGGAGUAGAAGCAGUGACCUUCAUGUACCAGCUGACCUCUGGGAGUGCCGGCCAAAGCUAUGGCCUCAAUGUGGCCCGCCUGGCUGAGGUGCCCCAACCCAUCCUGGUCCGAGCUGCUCAAAAGUCAAAGGAGCUUGAGAAAACCUGUAUUACUAAGAGGAAGAGAUUGAAGCUUUUCCAGAAUCUGAUGGCAAGUAAGGACACUGGAGAGAUAAGGCAACACCUGGAGGCACUGAAGACUGUCAAUGAGUGAAUGGUUUGUGAAAAUACCUAAGCUCCUGCUCAAGAAUAAUAAAAGGAAAAAGGAUGUCGAGCAUGUAAGUGGAAAGCUUCAUAAAAUCCCACAUGAAUGGUAAAGAGGUAUUCAGUUAUGGAAAUUAAUGUAGGACAAAAUCGUAAUAUUUCAUAAGAUAUUGAGAUGAAGGAUUGUAGUUUAAAAUAAUUUAUUGAGUGAAGAUGUGAACACAGAAUUUGACAUUUUAUAAUUUUGUUAACAUAAUUAAAUAACUAAUAAUUUCAAGACUAAUUAGAGAUAUUGAAAAAUAUUGUCUUCACAACCCCAUUCAGUCAACUUCUGGUUAACUCUACUUUGUAAGAAAUCAUUAAAUGCGGACAAGAUGUUCUUCCAUUAAUUUCUUUUCCAUUACAAUGUCAUCAUCAUAACAUCACUGCCACCACCAAUAACUUCACAUUACCACCACCAUCCCACACCACCACCACCACCACCACAGCAAUUUCAUCAUUAUCUAGUUUUAACAGGUUAGAAAUCUCUUUUUUCAGUUGUGGUUCGUCUAUAUGAUGUGUGAACAUUACUGUACCAUUUAAUAAUUAUGUUAGUACUAGGAGUCAAAUGGUUUUAGAUAAAUAAAUAUGUGCUUGAUA